CCAGGGCGCACGGAGGACGCGCGUAAAAGCAACCGAGCUGCUCCAUUUCAACAGUGAACCACAGCGUUGAACUCCUCCGGAGUUGUAAAGUUUGGACUCUCCUUCCUUUUCUAUGUGCGACUCUUUGUUUUGAACCAGGUGCAUCGGAGGGUUUUAUCCUCUGUAGAGAACCGGAGGUGUGUUUCCUAUGAUGCUCGGAUAUGUCAGGAGUAUUUGCUCCACGCUUUGGAUACAUAAUGUGAGGAUUUGUGUCGGAAUCAAUAAGGACGCUGCGUAAAGGAAAAGCCUAUCUCCCCAGUGUGACCAGUGAAGCUUGUUUCAGUCCCCCCAGAGAGCGGAAUGGGGCCGUCAUCUACACUGCUGCUCGUUGCUUUUUUGGGCUGGGCCGAAGGUGGUUCUUCUCUUCACUACUCAGACGGACGGUCCAGCCGUCUCUCUCUGGAGAAAACCUUUGGCCGGUCGCUUAAAGACUCCCAGUGCCAACACAUGCUGAAGCACCUCCACAAUGGAGCCCGAAUCACUGUGCAGAUGCCUCCCAACGUCGAGGGUCACUGGGUGUCCACCAGCUGUGAGGUGAGACCUGGCCCAGAGUUCCUGACGCGCUCCUACAGUUUCUACCCCAACAACACCUUCCAGGCUCACCAGUUCUACUACGAGGACAACCACUGCACCAAACCCACCUACACUCUGGUCAUCCGGGGUCGUCUGCGCCUACGCCAGGCCUCCUGGAUCAUCCGCGGCGGCACAGAGGCGGAGUACCACCUCCACCGCGUCCAGAUGGUUUGUCACACAGCCACCGUGGCCAAGGAGCUCAGCCAGAGGCUCAACCGCAGCUGCAGAGGGGCCGUGAAGGGCCCCUGGGAGCCCAGUGUGCUCUAUGAGCUGUGGAGCGAGGAGGGUGGCUACGACUGCUCCAGGGAGCUUAAUUUUGCCAUGCACGAGCUGCAGCUGCUGAGGGUGGAGAAGCAGUACCUGCAUCACAACCUGGAUCACCUGGUGGAGGAGCUGUUUCUAGGAGACAUCCACACCGACCCGUCCCAACGGCUGUACUACAAACCGUCCAGCUACCAGACCGCCCUGCAAAAUGCCAAGAACCAUGACCAUAGCUGUAUCGCCUGUCGCAUCAUCUACCGCUCAGAUGAGUUCCACCCUCCCAUCCUGCCACCGCGGGCUGACCUGACCGUCGGGCUGUACGGUCAGUGGGUGAGCCAGCGCUGUGAAGUUCGCCCCGAGGUCCUCUUCCUCACUCGCCACUUCAUCUUCCACGACAACAACCACACCUGGGAGGGCCACUACUACCACUACUCUGACCCUGUCUGUAAACACCCCACCUUCACCAUCUACGCCCGCGGGCGCUACAGCCGGGGGCUUCACUCCACCCGUGUGAUGGGUGGGACAGACUUUGUCUUCAAAGUAACCAACGGCUGCGUGGCACUGGGCAUUCGGCUCCCCCACACAGAAUAUGAGCUUUUCCGCAUGGAGCAGGACGCCCACGGCCGUUACCUGCUCUACAACGGCCAGCGUCCCAGCGACGGCUCCAGCCCAGACCGGCCGGAGAAGCGGGCCACCUCCUACCAGAUGCCCCUGGUGCAGUGUUCAGCAAGCAGCCAGCCCUCUGAGUACAGCAGAGCGGAUGACAUUGACAGGCCUCUGCUGCACCACAAUGACUGCACAGGAUGGCACAGAGGUAGCCAGCAACACGUCAUGGUGGCUCUUGUUGCAUUCGUCAUGUCUCUGCUUCUCUGCUGGAAAAGCUAGAGAGCAGUUUGGGCUUUUUCUACAUAAAGACACAACAAGAAAAGAGUGUGGAUUACAAGAGCAGACAGCAAAUAUAAACUUCUCUGAUGUGAAAGAGGAUGAAAACUGGUGCGCCUGAUCCUCUGAACUCCUUCCCAGCUACCAAAGACUCAACACUGCUGCACCACAGAAACUUUAGCACUUUAGAGUGGAACCAAAGACCAACCUGUCUGUGUUUCCACAAGUAUACAAAGAUGUCUAUAUAUCCACACAGACCUGAGAGUAUGUUUUAUACAGUGUAUUUACCUACAACUAUCAAGUCAUUUCUUGGUACUGCCAAAAGACACGAUUCGAUGUGUGGAAACUUUUUCUAUGAUGAACUCUUGACAAUAAGCUCCCUGCCUCGAGGAGAUGUGCUUAUGGACAGUCACUGUUUACAGCAAAAGGGAACUACACGACUUAUCUUACAGAAGUUUCUUUAAAUGUUGCCUUACAGUACAACAAACUCAGCAGCAGUUAUCUGUCAUCUAUUCCAUAUUAAGAUCAUGAUGCUAUCUUGGAUAGAAUAAAGUCAGUAACCUUCCAUGCAUUUCAUUUCCUCACUGAUCAGAGAGCUACACUGGCCAAUACGAUCAAUGGCUAUUUUGAAAUUAUGUCAUACUCAGAUUGGGAUGGGCACUUAAAAAUUGGCAUAUAAAUUGCCAGUCUCAACAUCUGGAGACUUCAGCUACACUGCAGUAGUUACAAUAGUUUGAACUGGGACUGAGCUAAAUUUAAUAAAAUUACACUUUUAACAAUAUGUUUUGAUAAAUAUCAAUAAUGUUAAUGUAUGAAAAAUCACAAUCAUGUGUUUUAUUGUUGUGCUUUACAUGAACAAAAUGUUUCAUGGGAGAAAAAUGUCUUAAUUUUUUAUUACAAUUUGAUUAGAAGCACCAAAUAAACACAAAUUCACAAACUAGACUACAGUAUGAUAAAAUCACAAAAUGAUUCCAAUUCAUUUUUAUACAUACAUUUGGGCCCUGUUUGGGGGGGGAGUUUAAGCUUAACUCCACAAUUAAAAUUUAGAUACUGUCAUUCAUUUUGAUAGUGAACUAUUUCGGCAGUCAGUGCAAGAAUUUACUGUUUAAAUACUGUGGACCUAUAAUUUCGUGCUAACAGGAAAUGAAGCAAGGAUUACAUCUGGGGACAUAUGAAACUGCAACUUCAAAUUUAGUGCCAGUUUCAGAAAGGGUAUCAUAAUAUGUUUUUGUCCAUCAGUUUUUGGUUUUACAAGGAUUACUGCAUUAACAUCUGACCUUUGUAUUACUUUUUUUUUUUACUAGACAUAAACAGACCCUUGUUUUUGGUACAUGUGGGUCUUAUCCCUCCAAAUACAGUCACAGGAUUGUGCUUUAAAGUUUGUUGUAACAACAAAUAUAGAAGACUGAGGUUUAGGUUUAACUGGACAUUUGUGUAUUUGUAACAAAGAAUUGAUUCUGGUUACGAAGCACUGUGUAGUAGGCCAUGUCUUACCUGUCCAGUUUGUGCAGCUACUUGAACAAGUCUUCCAGUGUGGAAUCGACAUGACAACAUAAAUUAGUGCUCUUUGCUCCUCAAGGUCCUGUCUAAUCUUGACAAUGGAAUAAAUUCAAAAUACCUUUCCAUAGGAUAAAGGUCAUCAGCACCCUUCAGUUCUCCAGUCAGAUCUCGAUCACAACUUUAAUGAAGCUCACUGCAGUGUUGUCAUCAUCAGUGUAAAGAUGUCGUCACCCUCUGGAUGGUGGACCAGUACCUGUUUGGGAACUUUCCAGCAUGCUUCUACUGAACCAAAACUUUCAGACUGUGCUCAACAGAGACCCCCAUCCCAGCAUACUCUUUUCCUGCAGUGGAAAAACUUUUAUAUUGCACAAUUGUCAUUGAUUGUGCAGAAUCUCGUUCAGUGUGCGCAGGCCUGAACCUGUAUUGGACUCCAAGAAAUGUCUUUUUGUAACUGGUUACAUGUAUAAGAUUAAAGGUUUGAUACUCUUCAGUGUUGAUCUAUUGUUUAAUUUUUUAAAGUAUCUUUUUUGUAUACUUACCUCUAACAAUAUAUUAUAACUUUCAAAUUGUUAUGCAAUUUUACAUUUAACAGUCAUGGUGUAGUCUCGCCACCAUGGUGUAUUAUGUCGUUAAAAAGUCAUACUUAAGUCUGCCAUAAAAAAUAAUACCAUUAUACCAUGUCAUAAAAAAUGUAUAAAAAUAUAGUGUGGCAUAAAAGUCAUUGUAUUGUAUGUCAGUCUUUUAAAAAGUGUCAAAGAAGCUUACAUUAUGAAAAAAGUAAUUGAACAAAGUCACAUUGUCCCCAAUAAAACCCCAAUAAAAGGCAUCUAUAGUAUGUCUAAAAAAAAAAAUUAGUAUUGUCAUAAAAUUUCUUAAAAAUGUCAUAGUAUGUCAUUAAGAAAAGUCAGUAUUGUAUGUCAUCAAAAGUUCUAAGAAAAGUCAUAGCAUGACAUACCAUAAAAGUAUUUUUAAAAGUUAUAGUUUAGCAUGUGAUAACGUCAUAGAACAGUAUGCUACAAAAAAAUGUCAUUGUAUAGUAUG